CUUUUCUUUCUAUAGCACUUAUGCAGACUUGUUGCUGAUGGUGUUCCUGUGCUUGAACGAAUUCAAUGUCUCAGACGCCACUGUUAUUAAGUGGGCAAACUUACACAAAUAAGGGUCCAGUAUAAGAAUACUGAUUGGUAUGUUCCUUUAAUUUUGUUUUAGACUCUAUUGCUUUUAAAUUGUUUCAUGUUUAGCGAGAUUCAGUCACACAAGUAUGUGUUGGUGAGGUGCAAAAUUCUGUCUUGAUGUGUCUGGAAAGCUUUAAUACCAUGGAUUUCAGUUUUUUUUUUUUAUAUCGGUGGGCGGGUGUAGUCAGCGAAUGGGAGAGGCGUAUGAAUCCCAGUGCUCUUCUGAACUCGACGUGCAAUGAUUGCGGGAGAACGGCUUCACAUUGUCAAACAACUGCAUUGAGGCAUCAUCACAGUGUCUGAUGAAGACUGCGGAAAUCUCCAUCUGUUAUCCGAAGAUGUUCAGACCGAAACUCACCUUUGUUGCACCACUGCCGUUGCACCAAAUGGCUGGCAAUAUGAAUUGCUUGGUUAGUUAUUCAAUGGAAUGUGUACAAUGAAGAUUUGGGUACUACGAAGGAGGCGCAGAUAUGUCGGUGGCUUUACUCAAGAUUGGAGUGGUGCUCAGCACUAUGGCUAUGAUCACUAAUUGGAUGUCGCAGACUUUACCUUCCUUGGUUGGACUCAACACCACCAAGCUCUCUGUAACCGCUGGAGGCACGGCGGACCGGAGCACCGGCGUGCUGCCAGCCAACCCAGAGGAGUCGUGGCAGGUGUACAGCUCCGCUCAGGACACAGAGGGCCGCUGUGUCUGCACUGUGGUGGCUCCUCAACAGACCAUGUGCUCACGGGACGCCAGGACCAAACAGCUCCGGCAACUGCUUGAAAAAGUCCAAAACAUGACCCAGUCUAUCCAGGUGUUGGAUCAGAGAACCCAAAGAGACCUGCAGUACGUGGAGAGAAUGGAGGUGCAGCUGCGAGGUCUGGAGACCAAGUUCAAACAGGUGGAGGAGAGCCACAAGCAGAACCUUGCCAGGCAAUACAGGGCAAUAAAAGCGAAAAUGGAGGAACUUAGGCCAUUGAUACCAGUGUUGGAGGAGUACAAAGCCGAUGCAAAAUUGGUAUUGCAGUUUAAAGAGGAGCUCCAGAAUCUGACGUCUGUGCUAAAUGAACUCCAGGAGGAGAUCGGAGCCUAUGACUACGAGGAGCUGCAAAACAGAUUGUCAAAUCUUGAGGAGAGGCUCCGAGCAUGCAUGCAAAAAUUAGCAUGUGGGAAGUUGACAGGUAUCAGCGAUCCAAUCACCAUCAAGACGUCUGGAUCAAGGUUUGGGUCCUGGAUGACUGACCCACUGGCACCUGAGGACGACAACCGGGUGUGGUACAUGGACGGCUACCACAACAACCGAUUCGUACGGGAGUACAAGUCCCUCUAUGACUUCAUGAAUUCGGACAACUUCACAUCUCACCGGCUUCCUCAUCCGUGGUCGGGCACCGGUCAGGUGGUCUACAAUGGCUCCAUCUACUUCAACAAGUUCCAGAGCCACACCAUCAUCAAGUUUGACUUCAAGACCUCCGUCAUCAGCAAGUCCCGGCAGCUGGAUUACGCCGGCUACAACAACAUGUACCACUACUCAUGGGGUGGCCACUCUGACAUCGACCUCAUGGUGGACGAGGGUGGCCUGUGGGCCGUCUACGCCACCAAUCAAAACGCAGGGAACAUUGUCAUCAGCAAGCUGAACCCAAACACCCUGCAGAUCAUCAAGAGCUGGACCACUAACCACCCCAAAAGGAGCGCGGGGGAGGCCUUCAUGAUCUGCGGCACGCUGUAUGUCACCAAUGGCUACUCGGGCGGAACCAAGGUGUACUACGCCUUCAGCACCAACUCGUCCACCUACGAGUACAUCGACAUACCGUUCCAGAAUAAGUACUCUCACAUCUCCAUGCUGGACUAUAAUCCCAAAGACCGAGCACUAUACGCAUGGAAUAACGGUCACCAGGUUCUGUACAAUGUCACUUUGUUCCACGUCAUUCGUUCAGAGCAGGAGCGUUAGAUGGCCGCGCAGUAAACCUCUCCUUCCAGACCUGGGUUCAAAUACUAUUGGAUAACUUUCAAGUACACCAGUUGCUGCUUCUUCUGCCUCGAGGGCCAGAGGGGUGGGGUUGUCAGUUUAGCAAUAUGUUGGUUCCAUUGCGACAGGAGAGCCAGAUAAAUUCAAGAGCAUUUGAACCCAGGUGUGGUUGACGGAUUUAUGCGAGAUAUGUAACUAGGAGUAGAGAAGUAUCCUGUAAGUUGUUCUGUAACAAGAAGUUAUGUGAUGAUACAGUAUGUCAUGUAAAGGAAGUAUAUGGACCGAGAGUAAGAACAGGUACGGAAUAGGUCAUGCCUUUCUUUUUUUAGAUGAUAUCAAAAUCUUAUAAUGAUUGUGUUUUUAUGGAAAUAAUUGACUUUUUUAUUUGAUCACAAACGAAUAGUAAAACUUACUAUAUUGUAAUGUAAAAUUGAAUGAUUGAAGAUUUCAUGUUGGGUCUUGUUUAUCAACCUGUUUUAUACCAAACUGGGACACAAACACAAUCAUGACAAUCCCCAGCGUGGGUGGUACGCUAGUUGUGGUUCAAGUUUCCCCUUUACAUUGUAAAGUACUCAAAGAAUCUGGACAGAACAAAAAUCGAUCUAUAUAUAAUAUAUUCAUUAAUUAUUAUUACAUGAUCAGAUGGCAAAGAGGGUCAAAUGUUGCAGAAAUGGGACACAUCUUGAUCUUUCCAGAACCAGCUGGAGUUGUAAUGAGUCCGUAAUGGCAAAUUCACAAACAUCACAAAAUUGGGAGGGUACUAAAAUCAUUUUAAAAAAUGUAGCAGUAAUCUUUCCAUAUAAUAUUCUUUUCCUGCUGGUGUAAAAGCAGAGACCUAGUGAUCACGCUAAGCCAUGCUUCUCUGUGUAGAAUAUAAAUCCAGUUAUUCUCCUGUGUUUGUAGCAACAUAUCAAAUUGGAAAUGCUGUACUGGCACCUUGAAACAUGUCUUCUGUUUUUACUGCGCAAUACAACAUCUCAGGAAGCGAUGUAACGCAACCUCUCAAUUGUAUUGGAUCACCUUGACAGACUUUGUAGGAUCUGAUUGUGAUUGAUGAACAAAGCCUAAUUGUUCAGUAUAAAGAAUCCAGCCAAAACUUGAGUCCGUUACAAACUCCUGUAAAUUUGGGAACACAGACAAAAUACAUUUAAUGAUUAGACUGUUGGAAAGCACCCUGUUUAAUUUCUUUGUGAUGGUACUGUGGAUUUUCUCUUUUUCUAUCUUAAUUUUGCAUGGGCAUUUUUACCUACCAAAACGGUUCCCUUCUAUGGAUGUAUUUUGCAAUGUUAUGAUGCUGUAGUGCAACACUUAGGGGGCAGGCAUUUUAUUUUCUUAUCGUCAUUGGGUUUGAUAUGUGUUCUUAAUGUUGGUAUUGAUAUUUACUGUGAUAGCCUGUCUUUGUAUUGAUUGUAUUGAAAGAAUUUGUCUAGCUCAUAUAUUUCUGUCUGGCAAAAGAAAAUAUAUAUAUAUAUAUACCCAUCACGAGAGGACGUGCCAAACAAUGUGUCAAUGAGCCAGUGAUGUGUCCACAGAUUCUAGUUUCAGUUUGACUCUCAGAGGUCUACUGUCUGUUUCUUAGAAAGAUCAAUUGUGACAUCUUAAUAUGUUGAGCUUGCAUAUGUGUUGUAUCUGCAAUAACAUUCAUAUCAAUAAACAACAUCUUUGUUCUACCAC